UUCGGCGCCAGCAGCCCAGACACGCCGCUCGCCCUCAGCGUUCGGUCCUGCCUGGAGAGCGCCGCGCGGUCUGCGUCAUGGCGACUCCUGAGUCGGCGGCUCCUGCAGCAACCGACAUGGACACCACCGACAUCUUUGGCGACGGUGACGACGGCGAGGACCUUGGCGAGGAGAUUGCGCGGGCAGAGCCCGACGAGAUUGCGCAGCGGACGCGGAUGCUUGAGAACGAGAUCAAGGUGCUGCGGAACGAGAACUCGCGGCUGCUGCACGAGCAGCAGACGCAGAAGGAGAAGAUCAAGGAGAACGCCGAGAAGAUCAAGCUCAACAAGCAGCUGCCGUACCUCGUCGCAAACGUCGUCGAGCUGCUAGACAUGGAUCCGGAGGACGAGCCCGAGGAGGACGGCGCGAACAUCGACCUUGACGCACACCGCAAGGGCAAGUGCUGCGAGCUCAUCGAGGCGAUCGUGCUGCAGAUGACACACAAGGAGCGCUUCGCCAACCUCGGCAUCAAGCCGCCAAAGGGAGCGCUCAUGUACGGCCCGCCAGGCACCGGCAAGACGCUCAUCGCGCGCGCCUGCGCGGCGCAAACCAACGCCUGCUUCCUCAAGCUCGCGGGGCCUCAGCUGGUCCAGAUGUUCAUCGGCGACGGCGCGAAGCUGGUCAACUUUGAGGAGCUCGGCCGCUGCACCGACGACUUCAACGGCGCGCAGCUCAAGGCCGUCUGCGUGGAGGCGGGCAUGAUUGCGCUGCGCAACGAGCGGACAGAGAUUGUGCACGAGGAUUUUAUGGAGGGGCUGACGGCCGUGCAGGCAAAGAAGAAGGCGACGCUGUCCUAUUACGCGUGA